ACGCACCAGACAUUUUGGCCAUGUUGGCCACUGUAUCCAUGCGGCGGUGGCGGUGGUUACAGUUAUGGCGGUUACGGUGGUUAUGCUUACCCAGCAUAUCAGUACACCUAUCCAGUGUACAACUAUUACAACUAUUAUCAACCAGCUCCAGUUGUGUACCAAUCACCACCAGUCUACCAGACUGUCGUUCGUCCAGUCGUUAGAGUUCAAUCAGCACCGGUGAUUGUCGAGGAGGAACCUCAAAUCAUUCGUCCAGUGGUAGCAGUACCUGUUCGAUACACUAAAUAUGUUUAUGUACCAUUGAAAAAAUCGUAG